AUGCAAGACGCAGAAAGGAAAAAAGAAAAACUGAAAUUUAAGCUGAACUGCGGGGAGAAAAAGAACCUCAUCAGCGUAAGCAUUAGAAAAAAUGAGCCGAUUGCCAGGAGCAGCCACGUAAAUGGGAGCGGCAGCCCCCAUGUGAGCAGUGCCAGUACGCCGAGCAACAACAUUAGUGGGGUGGCUAAGAGGAGCCCUAUGGAAAAAGGACCCAUAAAGGGUGUCUCCAAAAAUAUCAAAAUUAAUCUGGCGGGGUCCAAGGGCAUUAUGCAAAAGAGCGGGAUGACCACCAAUCGAGUGAACCACGCCAACUCGAAUAGUUCUUUAACAAAAGACAACAGCAGCAGCAGUAGCGUUAGUCAUGCGAAGCAGGUCGGCGGUAAUGUCAGCGCCCCCGGAAAGGCGACCACCCCGAACAACGCUAGCAGCGACAGCAAGUACUACGGCUCGAACGUUAACCCCCACGAAAGCGCGACCUUCAACGAUAGUCUUAAUCUGCACGACAGCGUAGGCUUUAACGACAGCAUAAGCUUCAAUGACAGCUUAAGCCUCAGGGAGAGCAUCAACCUGAACGACAGCCUGAACCUGAAGGACGCGGGCAUCCACAGUGAAAAUCUGAACGGCACUGGGAAUGUGAGCGAGUACGUCGGUAGCGGUGGCGGCGGAGGAGGAAGUGGCGUUGCGGUGAACGUGGCGAGCAUGACAAACGCCGCUUCCCCCACUUCCGCCGCGAAUGUGACGAACGCCGUAUCCACCGCUUCCUCCCCGACCGGCGGAGGGGUGCAGCUGCGCCACGGAAGCAAGUCCCCCCUCCUCAAAAGUAACCUAAAAAUAUACUACAAAAACGAGUUAAUCCCCUUCUCGUUCCUUUACCACAAAAUCCUGACGAUUCUAAAGUCGCACUACACUAACCAUAUUACGAACAACCCGGGAGUGGCGAACAAAGGCAUAUCCUUUUUCCACAUAGAAAACAUGCUAAUCAAUUUUGGGUUCAAAGGGGUAGACAUAAGUAACCACGCUUUGUUGAGCUACUUGGCCUCAUCGAAGCAAAUAAAAGUAGAUUUGAAUGAAAAAAGAAUUUGCUACGUGAAUCCCUACGUAGACAUAACAAGCGUCACUUCUUUGCUACACAAAAUAAACAAGCAUGGGUUUCUUUACGGGUACGAAAUUAAUGAUGAUUUAAUAAACACCAAUAAAGAUAUCUACAAAUGGAUUAACACUCUGCUCUAUGAAAAGAAAGUUCGCUGCAUACGAUCGAAUAACAGCCAUUUGAGAGGGAAAUUAAAAUGCAAACAUUUGCCAUCCUUUUGUGAUAUCUAUGCAAAAAAUAAAUGUGACAAUUGCUUUUACAAUUUAAAGGGGUAUAUCUUCUUCCCCCUUUCUUAUGAACACAUAGAACAGCAGCGCUACUCCAUCACCAACGACAUUAAAAACCUGUGGGACGAAAUUACGCUGCCCAACCUCGACAGCAUUUUGAAAGAGUACAAACUGAAGUCCACCAACAAGGUUUUCGUGCACGACAAUGCCCCCAAGAGGAAAAACAAGGAGGACAAGUUCUCCCCCGUCGUUAAGAAAAUGAAGCGCAUCUACAACACCCACUUGUUCACGGCCGACGAGAUUAAAAAUGAGUUCAUGCAGAAGAAGUGA